GAGGAUUAAUGAUCGUCUAAUGUUUAUCAAGUUGGUUUUGGAUGGGUGUGCGAUCAAUGUCGUGAGUGCUUACGCCCCGCAUGUUGGCUUGGCAGACGAUGUUAAGAGGGAGUUUUGGGACGCCUUGGAUGGGGUGGUUGUUGGCUUUCCACUGACUGAGAAAGUCAUCAUUGGAGGCGACUUCAAUGGCCAUAUUGGAGACUCGGCCGAGGGCUUCGAGGACGUGCACGGUGGUUUUGGCUAUGGCAGCAGGAACCCAGCGGGAGUUUCACUCUUGGAGUUUGCCAGAGCAAGUGAUAUGGUGGUUGCUAACUCUUGUUUCCCAAAACGAGACGUUCAUUUGGCUACAUUUGUUAGUGGAGUGGGAACGACUCAGAUCGACUAUCUUCUCCUACGCAGGUGUGAUCGGGUGCUCUGCAAGGAUGCUAAAGUAGUCCCGAGUGAAAACAUCACUACCCAACACAAGCUUCUGGUGAUGGAUGUCAAGAUUAGAUGGGUGAAACAUAGGAGAGCUUCGAGUGGGAACACACAAAUCCGGUGGAGGAGACUAAGUGGGGAAAAUAUCUCUGAGUUGAUCAGGCGAGUGCAGGAGAAAGGUGCGUGGGAAUCGGACGGAGAGGCUACAGACAUGUGGACGCGGACUGCUAACUGCAUCAGGGAAACAGCCAAGGAAGUGUUAGGUGUGAGCUCUGGCUCUAGGAGUAGGCGUCAGGGUGAUUGGUGGUGGAGCGAUUAAGUCCGAAGUAAGGUGGAAGCUAAGAAGGUGGCAUAUUUGAGGUACAUGGGCUGCAAUGUUGAGGAAGAAAGAACGGCAUUACGAGUGGAGUACAAGAAGGCACGUAAAGAAGCCAAGUUAGAGGUUACGAGGGCAAAGAAUGCCGCUUUUGAACGCCUCUACAAGGAUAUUGA